GAAUCCGCGUCUGGCAGGGCUAACGCGAUGGGAAAAAUCUCCGGAAGCCACUGCCUGGUGCUCGGGUGCCGCAACCGGCAGCUGCUGAACCAAACCAACACCCGCUCGUACUUCCGGUUUCCACGCGAUGCCGACCUCUGCAAGAAGUGGGUCGACUUCUGCAAUCGGCCCGAGCUGUACAAGAAGUACGACGAGAACGGGCCGGAGUAUCUGUACAAGAGUUCCCGCAUCUGCUCGGACCACUUUCAGCCGAGCGACUUCAACAAUCCCAACCUCUACAGCCAAGGCCUCAAAAAGGGUUCCGUACCGACGGUGAACCCGGCGUGCAAGGAAUCGAAAGCUGCGCCCGUGAAUGGGGCUACGGCGGCCUCGACGGCCGGCCCCGUUGCGGCUGGUGGCGGUGGCGGCGGCAGUGGAAGUAGUAACGGGGCCGGGUCUCCGAUCGACGAGAAGUUUCUUUCGGCAGCCGUAGCGUCGAUGGCCGGGGCGGCAGCCGCCGCCGCCGGCGGGACCCACCAUCCUCAUCACCACCAUCUGUCCACGCUGAUGAUGGCGGCGGCCGUCGCCGCAGCGGCCGCCAGUGCCAGUGCCGCCAGUCCUCCGUCCUCAACCGCCGACACUUCGCCCAUCGCUCCGCUGAACCUGAAACGCCCCGCAGCAACCGCCCUCGCCGGUACAGCAGCGCCCGCGGUGGCAUCCAACAACAGCAACGGCAACGGCGGAGGCGCCGGCGGGCCGAUGGCGGCGAAGCGUAACCGUGCCGUACCGCCGCUGGCGACCCCUACCGGUGCCCUUGCGAACCUCAUUCAGCGCCAGCAGCAAAUCAAGGAGCAGCAGCGGAAGGCGGCGGCAGCGGCCGCCGUUGCAGUGGCUGCCCUUGCCAACGGUCAGGUAUCCAUCACGCCAGCCUCCGCCACCCGCGGUACCGGCGGCGCACUUUCGCUCGUGACCACCGGAACGGGGACAACGACGGCAGCGACGACGACCCCGACGGUCACCACCACCUCAUCCACGUCGCCACCGCUGCCACCGCUCGGUGCCCUGUCGCUGAAGCGCGUCAGCCUCAACAACAACAACCACAGCGUGAGCAACAACAACCACACCCACCACAAGCUGCUGCUCGGCAGCGGGGGUGGCGGCGGGAGGGACAAGAGCAACGACUACGGCAUCAACAUGAUCGAUAUGGACAUGUCCGGUGGAGACUCCUCCGAAGGCGACUCGAGUAACCAGCAUUCGGCGGACGAAGAGUACGCCGCCUACCGGCAGCAGCUGAAGGUGGCCAGGGUCGAAGCGGCCAUCCCGCCCUCGUUGAAAUCGCAGCUAACCGUGACGCCGGCGGGUGGCGGCACCACCACCAGUACUACUGCCAUCACCAGCACGACCACCGCCACCGGAACCACCACCAUCAACAACAACAGCAUCCACAACGUGAACGCCAACGGGGGCAGCCCGCCGAACGGGCUGGUCGUGAACUACAAGGAAAAGUACGAGCAAACGCUGAAGGAGCUGUUCGCCUGCCGGAAGAUCGUCAAGAACCAGAACAAGGCGAUCAAGCAGCAGCAGGGCGAGAUCGACUUUCUGAACCAGCUCCUGAAGGAGAAAUGAUGCGCACCACGCGGUGUUGGGACGGUGGAAGAACUGGUGCCGGAAUGUGAAGGAGCAGCAGCCGGUAGAUGGUCGGUAUCGAUCGAUCGGUAAUCAUGGAGGAGGAUGCGAUCGUUACACACACACACACCCACAUUCCACGGAACAGGGUCGGGAGCCACCCAGGGGACGUUGAUAUUACUUUUA